AUGGCCCGACUCGCGCACGUCGCGGCCGCCGUGCUUGCGUUCAGCGCUUCGUCGUCCUACUACUCGUACGCUGGCAGCGGCUCCACGUACGAAGGCGACGUGAUCACGGCGCCGGGGGCCUACGCGCUGCCGUCGCAGUACGCCAACGCGACGCCCAUGGCACUUCUCGACGUCGGCGGCGGCCACAUGACCUUUCAUUGGUUUACGCCGGCGACGAUCGACUCGAUGUACCUCGUGUACGUCAAUGGGUCGCUCACGGGGCAUGCGUUCGGUAUCACAAACGACUACACGCUCGAAGGCCUUGUCUGCGACACGACGUACGUCGUGGUCGUUGUCGAUGUAGUGAACGCCAACUUGGUCAACGUCCUCUUGGCCGCGACGACGGUAGCGACGGCACCGGCGACGCCACCAUCCCCCGUCGCGGUGCAUGUCGACAGCGGGUACGUCAACAUUAGUAUUCGGUACCCCAAGGACACGGGUGGGCGUCCGAUCGAAUCGAUGGUGGAAAUCAUCGCCGACGCCGUCGACCGCGAUCCGUUCGUGCCCGUGUUUACGCAAUUUGGGCCGCAAUCUGCGACUUUGUACAAGUUGGUUGCCAACACCGAGUACUUUAUCUCGGUGCGCUUGAAAACACCGGACGUCACGUACCCGAGCUUGUGCCCGAUGCCGGUGCUUGUGGCCGCCACCGCGGGUCUCGUGCAACUGCGCUUAACGCCGCCGCUCGACACGGGCGGAUCGGAUAUCUUUGGCUACCAUAUCUACGUCGGCGUCAACGGUACCAUGGUGAACGCCGCGUUUACGUCGACGACUGAGGCUUAUCUGUACGAAUCGGCACCGGGCGAAGCGUGGGUGCCAGAGAUAACGUACGAUAUUCAAGUCAUCGCGAUGAACGAGCUCGCGCUCUGUCCGAGUGACAACGCGGCACGGAGGAGUGACGCGCUUCGCGUCACGAUCCCGCCCGCUCAAGUGCCCAGCAGUCGGUACCUCGACGCGUAUCUUGUGUCGGCCGAGGCAUCCCGCCUCACGCUGCAAGGCGCGACGCCUCUCGGCGUGUACGUCACAACCUCGGCCCCCGUCGGCGGCGCCACCACGGUGUUUUUCCCGACGACCGGUGCCGUCGUGGCCACGAUCGCCGGGCUCAACGCAUCGACGACGUAUGCGGUUGCUCUGCAACUGCUAACGAGCCUCGGCAACACAACCGAGCGCAGCAAUGUGCUCCAGGCCACGACCGGGUUGCCGGCGACGCCGGCGCAAACAACAAUUCUGAACGUCACGGCAAGCACGGCGACGGUUGCCUGGGUGUAUGCCAGUGAUACCGGUGGCGGGGCCCUCACUGAAUACCAAGUACAAGUGAAUGCGAGCCGCACGUCGGUAUCGCCAACGUGGCUGCCGCUUCCACCUAGUCCCGUGGCGACGAUUUCGGGUCUGGCGGCCAACACAACGUACCGAGUGGCGAUCCAGGUUCGAAACAUCUUUGGGUUGGUGUCACCUGCAGCGUUUGUGUUUUUGACGACGGCGAACGCGACCGUACCCGGACCUCCGUCCGGCAUUGCAAUUGCGUCCAUCUCGAGCACCGCCCUUCAGCUCACAUGGCGUCCACCCGAGGACACGGGGGGUCGCAGUGACGCGCUGAUAUACACCGCAACCGUACUAACGAACGACAACGUUAUUGGCUCGUGCAACAGCAACUCGCUGCACUGCACCUUGUACGAGCUUCAGCCGUCGACGUACUUUACCGUAACCGUGGUGGCCUCGAAUGCAUUCGGUGCUGGUGCGGCGUCGGCGCCCAUUACUGUGCUCACGAGUGCGGUGACGCCACCGAGCGCCGUGCUCAACCUCACCACCACCGUCGAGUCAGGCGGCGUCAUCACCGUGGUCUGGAAUAUUCCCUUGGACUCGGGCGACGGUUCAACGACGCUUCAGUACACGGUUGCACGCAACGGCGUGGUCGUCGGCUCCGUGUCGGGCGCGACGACCUAUACCGACUGCGGCGGCAUUCGCGCCGGGGCCACGUACGAGUACGCGGUAAUGGCUCUCAACUCUGUGGGCGCGGGACCCUCCGCAUCGACGACGACAGUGGCGUCGGUGAUGCAGCCACCGAUGACGCCAUCGGUAUCCUGGACCCGCGCCCAGGCAACGGGGCUAACUUUCGCGUUUGCGCUGUCUUGCGACACUGGCGGCACCAACGUCUUGUGGAACCAUGCUAUCUGGUAUCCUCUCGGCGCGCCGAUGCCGUUGUCGCCGAUGCUCGCGAUCCCAUCGACGGCGUCAAGCUUUGCCAUCGCAGGUCUCACACCAUCAGUGACGUACACUGUCGUCGUCUGGACGAGCAACUACGCCGGGAAAAGCAAUCUCACGAUGGUAACGGCAACCACGACGACGGGACUGCCGGGGCUUCCGAGUGUUGCCCUCCUCACUGCGUCCUCGUACACGCUGAGCCUCUCUCUAUGGCCCCCGACCAACUUUACCGAAGACGUGUGGCAGUUUCAAGCGACCUUGUCGCUCGCGGGUCGUGUCGUCCGCAAUACGACGGUGCAAGGAUCAGCGGCCAGCACGACCGUGUGGUCGCUCAGCAACCUCGACGCUGCGACGACGUACGACGUGGCGCUGCAGGUGGUCACGCCCCAAGGCGUCAGCCCCGUGGCGACAGCUCAGUAUGCAACGCUACUCGACCUGCCAGGCGUGGCCUCGUUUACGAUGCCGGCGGUCUUCUUGACGGACGGCAGCAACAGCACGACCCUGACGCUCGAGCGACUGUACGGGGCCCGCGGGCAACUCGUUGUGCCGCUCACGGUGGCAACCGCACCUGCUGGACGGUACCUCGUGUGCAAUUCGACAGGCUCGGCCACGAUGUGCACGUUUUCGGCCACGGCCGCGACGACACCGUCGAUCACGUUUGGCGCUGGGAACGUGACGCAUACUUUGACGCUGGAGACGUGGAACAGUCUCGUGGUCACCGACGUACCGCACUUGAUCAACAUUACGCUGCCGCCCGCUGCGAAUGCAUCGACGACAGCGACCGUGUACCUCUACGGGUCCCCAGGAUCGAUCCAAGCGCCGGCCACCGUCGUUCUGUACGAAAACGUGUCGACUGCGUCGAUCGUUUUGACUCGUGUCGGCGGCGUGAGUGGCUUCCUCAAUGCUACGGUAGCUCCCGUCAAUGGCACUGCGACGGUUGGGGUCGACGUCGGCGCACCACCAACGUCGGUGAACCUUGCCCCAGGUCAAACCACGGGUGUGAUUUCUCUGACCAACAUCACGCGAAGUCUACAGUACAACCCCAACGGACGAAAGCUCCAACUUGCGCUGCGCCAGGUGCCGGUAGGCAACGUGCCACCAGCGCCUGCCAUCGUCGUCAAUAUUUUUAUAUUUGACGACCCGAGCGUCGUCAAAGUGCCGAUGCUGUGUGGCACGGUGGUGUUGACGCAAGCCACAGGCACGACGCUGACGCUGCAGUGGUUGCCGCCUGCAGCCGGCGUCACGCCCACGAGCGUCUACCGUAUCUUUGUCGCUGGCAUAGUGGGCACCGCUGUUCAGUCGCCGACCAUUCUCACGUCUUCGAGGCCGGGGGUUGUCGUGUACAACUUAGCGCCGUCGUCCAACUACGUAGUGCAGGUGGCACUGGCCAACGCGGCAGGCGCCGGACCGGCAACACCGGCGCAGAUGUUUUCCACAACGCCCCCGACACCGGCGAGCACGCCACAAAACGCGACUGCGGUCAACAUUGGCGGUGGUGUAGCGACGCUGACGUGGGCGCCACCCAAUGACACGGGCGGCUACGCCAUCUCGGGCUACGUCGUGUCGGCACCGAGGCUUCCGACCAUGACACUGCCCGUGACGAAGACGUACACUGCGUACAAUCUCUCGGCUCUCACAAGCUAUACGUUUGCCAUCAGCGCGGUCACGGCGCCCCACAUGCCCACGGGUAUGCCUGUGUUUGUACAUGUCAUGACGACAGCGAUGGAAUUGCCGUCGACGCCACCCCCACCGAUCUAUCGCAACGCCACGGGCGGUGCGCUGUCGUUCGCAUUGAUUUUGCCGCUAAACAUGGGCGGCGGCCCUGUUCUCGACGCUUCGCUAUAUUUGACGUCGGGCGGUGCGUCGCCGGUGCGCGCGUGCUCGGGUCUCCAGCUCUCGUGCACAGUGUACGGUUUGGCGUUCAAUACCGCAUAUACCGUCUACACAGUGGUGACAAACGCUCAGGGCCCGAGCCUGCCGAGCAGCUCCCAGAUGGUAUCGACGGCUCCGAUCAUGUCCUUGCCGAGUGCGCCGGCGACACCCGUGCUUGUCCGGGUGUCGGGCGGCACUGUCUGGCUCAGUUGGACGCCGCCAAGUGACUUUGGCGGCACGCCGCUGCUUACGGGGUAUCAAGUGCUCAUGCGCGCCAACAUCGUGUCAGUGUUUGGUAUCGUCCAGUGGACCGCGUCGACGGUCGUUGCGGACGUCGCUCUGUCCAAUGCUGUCCCGCCCGUGUCCCAAAUCAACCUUACGGGCUUGACCAACGACACGCUCUACGCUUUUUCUGUCGUGGCGCUCAACCCUGUGUCGGCCUGUCGCAGCAAUGCUGCCUACAUGCCGAGUCCAGAGCUGUUGGUGCGCACACUGGACCCCACGGCACCGACGCCACCAACGUCCAUUGUCCAAGUGAGCGCAACAGGAGGCGCCGUGACGAUUGCGUGGAGUCGGCCCGCCGACAAUGGAGGCUCCCCAGUGACAAACUACACAGUUGUCCGCCUCAUCAAUUCGUCGACGGUCGUCGUGGCAGCGCUUCCAGCGACGCUUCAAAGCUACCAGGUGGUUGGACUCGCACCGUCGACGGCAUACAUAUUUCAGGUCGCCGCCGUCAACAUCGUCGGCACGAGUGGCUAUAGCGAUUCUCUACAAGCGACAACGAGCGCACCGACACCACCGACGCCGCCACAGAGCUUGCAAGUCACAGCGAUCGGAGGCGGGCUCGUCGCGUUGGCGUGGCAGCCCCCAACGACGCUGCUUACCACAGCGUUCUUCACGGACGUCCACGGUCUCUCCAACGGCACGACGUACACGUACUCGGUGUCGGCUUUAAACGCGCAAUUUGAAGGCGGCGAAGCUGCGGUGUCGGCGUCAACGCUGGCAACACCAGACGUGCCGCAACCCCCCGUCGUAUCUGUGCUGGUUGUCACGGGCGGUAUGCUCCUGGUACAAGUGCAACCUCCGGAAAACCUUGGUGGUCAACCGCUGCGCGCGCUCUCGGUGCAAGUCGUCGCGACCACGUCGGGCGUGGUCGCGAACGUGACGACGACGGAGACCAACUCGUCGUUCUACGGUCUGAGCGCCGCGACAAGCUACGAUAUCGUUUCGAGCGUAAGCACGAGCGCCGGGUCGAGCGCGCCGUCGACGGUUCGGACGACAACACUAUCGCUGUCGGUUCCGUCCAUGCCGUUGGAACCGCAGCAGCAGGUCGUGCGUGGCGGCAGUGUAGAUCUCUGGCUCCGCCUCCCGCUCGACCGUGGCGGUGGUAGCGUCGAUAUGCAUGUAUAUCAGCUCAGCUCCACGGGCUCGCUGGUCACUCACGUCUACAAGAAUACGACGCAAGCAUUGAUGGUCACGAUCCCGGGGCUUCUUGCCGAGAGUCUGUAUCAGUUUUGGACGACCGCGAUCAAUGCCGCGGGUGAAAGCGUGCACAGUCCCGUGCUCAACGUAAUGACACCGGCCGUGUCCGCUCCGGGGCUUGUGACGGGAAUUACGGCGCCAUCCAAGUCGUAUCGCACGAUUUCGCUGUCGUGGGCGGUCCCGGCGGACACGGGCGGUGACGUCGGUGGGAUUCUCGGCUACAACGUUACUGUCUCGUCGGACGCUGGUCUGCUACAAAGCCUCUCGACGUCGACGCCUUCGAUUCGGAUUGACGGUCUCGUUGCAGCCACGACCUUUACAACUGACGACGCCAACCCGGGCGCGCUCCAGAUGGCGUCCGUCACGAUAUCGGUGCGGGAAGACCAGGGUACGGUCACGAUAACGGUGCUUCGGACGAACGGGGCAGCUGGUGACGUCAGCUGCAACGUGACCGUGACGCCAGUCACGGCGCUUCUCGACAUCGACUUUGCUCUGCCGAGCACGACGUCCGUCGAGUUUCCCGACGGCAUCACGUCCCAGUCGUUCUCGGUUCCGAUCUUCCACAACACGGUGUACAACGACCUCGCCAGCUUUAUGGUGACGCUCACAGACAUGACUUCGGCGACGGGCAGCAUCGGCGCGAAUGCAUCGUGCACCGUAUACCUUCUCGACGCGGGAGACGACGGCGAGGUCGCCUUUCUGUCGUCAGUCUAUACGCUCAACGAAAAUGCCACCAACUUUGAGCUGGCGCUCGUGCGCACCGGUGGCUUUAGCCGCGCCGUCACCGUCACCGCUUCGGUCCUCGGCGACCCGAUGGUAUCGUUCGGGACACCGACGGUCGUUUUUGAAGAUGGUCAGACGUCUGCGAUGCUCGUGGUGCGAGGGAUUCCCAACGACAUCUACGAUAUGCCGUACCGAGAGACUACUAUCCAACUGCAGAUCGGUGCCGGCAGCUUGGGACGACUGGGGUCGCUCGCAGUGGCCUCGUUGCGGCUGCUGGACGAAGGCGACGUCUCGGGUGCGAACGACACGGGGCUGCCACCAGUGCUCGUGAACGCCACCGGUGGUCUCCUCACAGUCGCCGUGCAGGCUCCAUUCCACACGGGCGGUGCAAGCCAAUCCAUAUCCUACUACGCCUUGACGACGUACCAGCUACCGAGCAUGGCUAUUCUUGACGCGCAGAACCAGACGACACCGACGUUUUUCGUCGGCGGUCUGAGGGCGCAAACCUCGGGGCUCCCGAUUCAAAACUACUCGCUGUACAUCAACGUGACAAACAGUACUGUCGCGACAACAGAGACAACGACCGUGCUCACGCAGUUUAAAUCGGUCGAGGACACGAUCGUGGUGACCGGACUGACGGCGCUUACGUGGUACCAGCUGUUGUACACGGUCACCAACGCCAAUGGGACAAGCGAUCUCAGCCCGCCGAACGCGAAGAACUUUAGCGUCGGCGCCGUCGUACCAUUCCCAGCGCUCAGCACGACCAUCUGCGGGCUGACGCAAAACACAACGUAUACGUUCAAGGUCAUUGCGUACAACAGUGCUUCGUACUGCUACGGAAGCGUCGACAAGCUCGAGGCAAGUCUACCCGUGACAGCUACGACGUCGCUCGCGACACUGCCGCUGAACCAGUCGGCGCCGCUCCUUCAAGAGGCCACGGGUGGCACGUAUCUCUUGUAUCAAGUGACCUCGUCGGGACCAAUCUUACUUGCCAACACCAGCGACAAGAGUCAUGUCGCCUACGGGCUCGCUCAAAGCACAUCGUAUCAGUUUCAACUCGUGGCGCAAAAUGCCGUGGGUCUUAGUGCCCCGAGCCCUAUCGCCGUCGUCGCGACGACAUCGACGACAGCACCAACCGCACCAAGGAACCUUCGUGUCACCAACACGACGGGCGGCGCCGUAACACUUGCGUGGGAUCCAGUGCUCGACACCGGGGGGCAGCCUGUAAACGUGUAUUUUGUAUAUCGCAACGGCGCGCGCAUCGGCCAAGCCACGGCGGCACUGACCUACAUCGACGCCGGCGGCCUCACUGCGUCGACGACGUACUCGUACAUCGUCGUUGGCUUCAACGGACUUCAAUAUGGCGACCAAAGCAGCGCUUUGACGGCGACAACAUCAACGCCGACGGUGCCAUCCCCCUGCACGGCGUUCAACGUUGCGCUCUUGGGCGGCGAGGUGUCAGUCAACUGGUCGCCCGGCGCCGACACGGGAGGCGUGCCAGUGCUGAGCUACCUCGCGACGCUGAUGCUCAACAAUGCGACAAUCAAAGCCGUGGUCACGGCGACACCGACCUUCCAUGCCAACUUUCUCUUGUCGCGAACCAAUUACACCUUGUCGGUGCAGGCUGUGAAUCAAGUCGGUGCCAGUGCGAAUGCGUCCGUACCGACGCCAACGACGCAGCUCAGCGUGCCUGGGGACAUAUCGACACCGCCGGUACUCGUGUCAGCGUUCGGCGGCAACGCCACUUUCCUUAUGACAGUACCGCUCAACACGGGUGGCGGCGCGCAGCUGUCGUUUGUAUUGUACCAAGGGAAUCGAGCCGCGGCUCAAGUGAGCGCUCUCGACGGCUCGGCCAACGCAACGGCAUACGGUCUCAACGCGUCAACGGCCUACACGUUUACGUACGCUUGCUUCAACAGUCUCGGCCUCGGUGGCCGAAGCCCAUCUCUCUCGGCCACGACGCUGGUGGCGAAUGCGCCUGGGCCUAUCGCGCUCGCGCCGCGCAUCACCGCUGUGACUUCUCGCACCAUCAGUUGCGCGUGGCAAGCGCCGUUGGACACGGGGGGCUCAGUGUUGCUCGUGUACGAACUACGGGCGGUGGGUCCGUCCGGCGCGCCAAACGCCUCUGCUAUCCAGCAAGGCGCUCUCGCACUAACGCUCUCGGGCCUGCAAUAUGACACCGCCUACACGGUGCAAGCCCGCGCGUGGUCGACCAAUCAAACCGCCUCGGGGCCGUGGUCGCCCCCCGUGACCGUGUCAACAGCGUCGGGCUCGCCUGGUGUCUUCUCCCUCAACGCCUCCGCAGUGUCUGUGAUCAAGAACGCAACCGUGCUUUCCGUCGUCCUGCGGCGCGCUGUCGGCACCAUCGGUGACGUCACCGUUGCCAUCCAAGCACCCAAUACAGCGCACCUUGGGUCACAGUUUGUGCUGAACGCAAGCCGUCCAACGCAGUCGACGCUCGUCGUGGCCGUUCCCGAUGGCACGGCGUCGGUGGUUGUUCCCAUCGGCAUCCUCAAUGAUGGUAUCUAUCGCGCCGUGCCGUCGACAUUUGUGUUGCAGCUGGUCAGCGCCACGGGCGGCGCCUCGAUCGGUGCCAACAAUGCCACGAUGACUGUGACGCUGCUGGACGCAGGCAACGCCGGGAAGGUGCGCUUUGCCGCCUCCUAUUACGACGUCGCCGAUACCGUGGGCACGGUUUCAAUCCCGGUGCUGCGCUACAGCGGUGCUAGCACAUCGAUCCAGGUGUUGGCGAAAACGGCGACUAAUGAUUCCAACCCCAAUGUCGCUGCACCAGGUAUCAACUACCGCCUCCCGACGACACCGCUCGAAUUUGGCGACAACCAACUCACGCCGACGCUGCUGAACAUUACAAUUCGCAACACCAAGAUCUACAGCUAUCCGAGCCUCGGUUUACGAAAUGCGAGCUCCGCGCCCAGUGCCCCGCCGGCGCCUUCGGUCGUGAUGGUGACGGGUGGCGCUGUACAGCUGCACGUCCAGCUACCUAUCAACCGAGGCAGCGCCGUGGCCACCAUCUCAAAGUUCUCGGUGACGACGACCAACGUACUGACGCGCGUGUCAACGACCACCGUCGUGCCGUAUCUCGGCAGUCCCAGUGUCUGGAUCGGCGGUCUCCAGGCCAAUGCGACUUAUACACUCAGCCUCGCUGCCGCGCAGUCGGCGUACAUUGGCUACGGUCCGCCGAGUCCGAACGUCACCUUCACGACCGGCGCGCCGUCGCUGGCCACGGCACCGAUGAACGUAGCGGUGGCGUCGGCGACGGGCGGUGCACUCACACUGCAGUGGGAUCUGCCUCUCGACGCAGGUGGCGUUCCGAUUCUCAGCUACCGCGUGCGGUGGACCGAUGCCUCCAACGCGGUGCAGGUUGCCGAGACGGGCAACGCCGCUCGAACGUUUGCCAUCACGGGCUUGGUGGCCAGCCGAGCGUACCCCAUUCAGAUUCAGUGCUACAACGCCGUCCCGAUCGCGCUGACGCAAGGCUGGGGACCCUAUAGCGCAGUGGCGUCGUUGAGCACAACCAAUGCAUCGCUGCCAGGGACGCCGGUUCUCUCGUCAACGCCGACGGCAACCACCGGUGGUAGCAUUACCGUGACGUGGAGUCCGCCGCUGGACACGGGUGGCGCACCAAUUCUAGGCUACCACGUUUUUUUCAAGACAGCGUCCGCGUCGAGCUUUGCGCAAGCCAACGGGGCGGGGAUCGUCACCCAAACGCGCUUUGCCGUGGCUCCGCUUACCGCGUCCACCAGCUACUCGUUUUUGGUUGUCGCCGAAAACGCCGCGGGGCCGGUGCUGCUGCCGGGGGUGUUCAAUGUGAGUGCCACGGCGACAUCGGUCGCGACGUCGAUGGACUGCCGCCAAGUGCUCACCCCGGGCAAUGCAAUUCUACUCGGGCCGUCACUCUUCACCGUCGGUGGCGCCGUCACAAGCUCGUUGUUCACUGUGACGCAAGCCAACGCCUACGCGACGCAGCUUCGAGUACCAGCCUACCGAGUUGGUGCACCAAGCAAUGUUAUCACUGCCGCGACGACAUAUCCGACCAAUCCCGGUGUGGCACCCGCACCGGUGCUGACGCACGUCACGGGCGGCGCCAUGUAUGCCACUGCCUCGUCCCCUGCCGACACCGGUGGUAUUCCAGUCACGGGCUUUCAAGUUCUCUUGAUCAACAUUGCCAACGGAACCAACACCACGUUGAAUGCAUCGGCCGUCGGUACACUUGUCCGGUCAUCGCCAUCAGCGCUACAGGCGACGGCACCGAUUCGUAUUCAAAACCUCAGUCCAACGUCGCUGUACGCCGUGGCAGUUGUCGCUGUGAACGCGGUGUCUGGCUGCAGCAGCUACGCCCCAGAGUUUGGCAGUGCGACAUCCUUCACGACAACGUCCAUGUCAACGCCUGGUCCACCCGAGGACCUCGGCGUCGUCUUGGCCACCGGCGCGGGGCUUUCGAUGGUUUGGAGCCCGCCGUUUGAUACGGGUGGGGCGUCCAUCGACUCGUAUACGCUUCAGAUGCAAGACGCGCCGACAAGCAACUGGACGUCCGUGUACACCGGACCAACUCCGGCGUACCGCAUGGCCGGGCUUGAGACGUCGACGACGUCCGGCUGGCGCCUGCGCGCGACGAACGCGGUCAACACGUCGCUGUGGUCGACGCCGUGGAACUUUUCGACGACGGGACCCAGCGUCCCUGGUCCCUGCAUAGCGCCGUACAACGUCACAACGACCGGUGGCCGCCUCGAAGUUGCGUGGGCACCGCCUGCGGACAACGGCGGCGCCCCAAUUUUGUCGUAUCUCAUCGCGCACGACAACGGCGCCGGUGGACCGUUCACGUGGUUUGCAGUGUCCGACCCAUUUUACAUCGCGUACGGGCUCAGCGCUCUCACAACGUACCGGUUCAAAGUGCUGGCAAAAAACAUGAUUGGGUCUGGCGAGCAGUCGCCUAUCGCAUUCUUGACCUCGGGUCGGCUGUCGUCGCCACAGUUGCCAGCCAUGCCAACCGUCGUAGCGACCACGGGAGGUGCCGUGAGCCUCCAGCUUAGCCCACCUCUUGAUCUUGGUGGCGUCGAUCCUGCCACGCUCAUGUACAGGGUGUUUGCCAACGGCCAGAACGUCAUCAACGUCACGUACGCGCAGGUCCUUGCGAGUCAAGCAACGACGCCGUCUUCGCCAGCCACGUCUCGUCGGCUCACGGCGGCGUCGCCGUCGAGUAGUGUCGUCGUUGCGGGUCUGGAUCCGAAUACUGUGUAUCAGUUUGGUGUGGCUGUAGUGACACCGGUUGGGACGAGUGCCCCGUCUGCUCUUAACGCGGCCGUCACGCAGCUACCAACUGCUCCUAUCGCACCGGCAGUGCCUGUGCUCGUUGUUGCCUAUGGUGGCUCUCUUCAACUGUCAUGGUUGUCGCCGGUCGACGAAGGCGGCUCACCCGUGACGUCAUUUGCUCUGGUACAGCUACCCAAUACGACCGUGUGUGAGGGCUUGAUCUGGACAUGCAUCGUACCCAACCUCGCGCCCAACACGGCAUACUCGUUCUACGUCGUUGCUGCCAACGCCGUCGGAUCCUCCCCUUCGAGUCCGGUCCUUUCAACCAAGACGCUGCUCUCUGUCAAACCUACGGCGCCGCGCAACGCCGUGGUCCUUAGCGUUGCGCCCGCCGGUACGAGUGCGCUCGUCGCGUGGGAUCCACCGAUGGACCUCGGGGGCCUCGCGCUUUCCAACUACCGAGUGGCCUACACAAACGUCAACUCGGGCCUUGGCCAAACAGUCGUCGCGGGCUCGAAUCUCAAUGCGACGUUGGUGGGGUUGAGCACCGGGACGAUAUACAGUGUGACCCUGACGGCCGUCAACAUUCAACUGGACGAGAGCCCUUCCAGCUAUAGCGUGUUGCUGACGACGCCCAGCGGUAACGGCGCGCCGACUGCGCCCACGAUCGCCUGCGCAUCGUCGACGAGUCUUGGACUUGUUUGGAUGCCGGUGCAGGGCGCCGAUCGCUACGCAUUGUACCGUGGCGGCGCCUUGGUGGCGACCGUCUCGGCACCGCAUUUUACAGACGCAAGCUUGACGCCGUCGACGGCCUACUCGUACACCCUCAAAUCUGUCGACGCUCACGGCGCAGAGAGUGUCGGUGUCACCGCCUCAUUGGCGACGACGGCCACGUCCGACAAUAUCUGCACCGCCGCCUAUGGCUACGUCACGCAAAAUGCCUACGGUAACAACCAAGCGACGCAAUGGACCAUUGCGCCGUCGGUCGUAUUUGCCAAUCUUCGCCUCGAGGUGCUCCGGUUCGACACUGAGUGCGACCACGACGUCGUCCGUAUCGAGCAAUUCCCUUUCGACGGGUCGCGUGUGCUCUGGUCCGGUGGCUGCACGCGCCUUCGUUCGUUCUCCAUCUGGAGCGACGGCACGCUGCCUGUGCGUAUCACCUUGCGAUCGGAUGCUUCAGUCACAAAGUCGGGCUUUACGAUCCGGUACAUUGCCAGCACCGACGCCCCAUUGGCGACGGCCGGUACAUGCCCGACGACCGCCGGUGCCAUUUGCUCCGAGCACGGUCGUUGCAGGACGGACGGCACGUGCCGUUGCAACCUCGGGUUCACGGGGGAGGACUGCAGCAAUCGCCUCGUGUGUUGUGUCGACCCUAACGUCUGCAACAACGACAUUUGCCGGCUACCGUCGUCGCAAGUGUUGGUCGUCGAUGCCACCGCCGGCGACGACGCUCUGGGCACGGGUGCAAUGAUGAACACGUCGGAAGUCGCAGGCACCGCAGCCAAGCCGUUUGCAACGCUCGCGCGGGCACUUCAAGUCGCCACAAACGACACAACUGUGUUUGUGUACCCUGGCAACUAUGGCGCGUCGAGUUGCGGCCACGUGCUCACCGAACGCCGCGUCACGAUCACGUCCCUCCGAGGCUCGAAUGUAACCAUCUUGACGUGCACGGGCGCGUUUGGGCUCGACGUAACGCGGUGCACCCUGGCUGUGACCGGCGUGACGCUGGAGCGUGCAACGAGCGCUAGCCACGGCGCAGGACUUGCCGCGCACGGCUCGCUCAUCACGUUUACGGACGUCGUGCUCCGAAACACCACAACGAUGGGUAGUGGCGGCGGCGUCUACCUCGAUGCCCAAUCCGUCAUGACGCUCAACAACUCGAUCAUCGCCAAUGCCACCGCCCGCCUCGGCGGAGGCAUCUACGUCCGAAAUAGCCAGCUCUUUUUGGCCGGCGCUGUCAUUACGACCAACGCUGCCGGGUACGGCGCUGGCAUCUUUACCCAGGAUACCGGCAGCAUCGUCGGCGACUCGGCCAGUGUCCUCUCCCACAACACGGCGAGUGUGUGCGGUGGCGGCCUCGCGCUCAAUGGUUCGUCCUCGGACUUGGCCGCGAUCACCAACGUCCCCAUCACGGCCAAUGCAGCGGCCAAUGGCGGUGGCGCCUGUGUCCUCGGCGGGUAUGCCCAAAUCGCGUGGGCAAGAACCAUCGUGCUCGGCAACUUUGCGUCCAACAACGGUGGUGGCCUCUACUUGGCAGGUGAUUUCGUCUUUAACAGCAGCGGGUCGACCUUCUCGAGCAACCACGCCCUCGGGUACGGGGGUGGCAUGUACUUUCUGUCUGCCUCCGGAGCCAUUCUUGCCGAUGACGCACUUACCGUCGUCCAGAACCAAGCCCGCGCGGGGGGCGGGGUGUACACGGAAGACAGCAGGAUCACGCUGACCAACCUCGAGGCGGCGCUCAAUGUGGCGUCGGACAGCGGCGGUGGCAUCAUGGGCAAUGCCUCGGGGCUGCAAAUGCUCGGUGCCAACAUCGUCGGCAAUUCGGCGGCUGUCGCCGGUGGCGGCAUGCACUUUGUGCGUGCGUCGGUCGUCACCACGUCCAACGUCGUUGUGGCCGACAACCGCGCGACCGACGGCGCCGGCGUCAGUUUGGACGCGUCGGCUCUCUCGGACGCUUUUCUCGUCGGCAACACAGCGAUGCGCUACGGCGGCGGCGUUUUCUUGACAGCCGGUGCGACGCUGACCGGGUGCACCGUCCACGGAUGUUCGGCUAGCGUCAAUGGCGGCGCAAGCGGCGGCGGUGUUGCGGUUUUGAGCAGCACGCUACAGCUGGCGCUAUCGCCGAUCAUCAGCAACACGGCAGCGACGGACGGUGGCGGUCUGUUUAUUGCUAACGGAGCUGUCACCGUCAUCACGGCGUGUAUAAGCCAAGGCUACGGCGGUGGCGUGGCACUAGACGAGAGCGCGCUCCUUCCCGCAACCCCCACCGACGUCGCGCAGAUCACAGACAAUACGGCCAUUGGCGGCGGCGGCAACGGCGCAAUCACAGGAGCGUCCACGCUCGAGGCAGUCACCAUGACGACGGGGUUUGCGGCGCUCGGUGGUGCAUUGUAUGUUUCAAAUGCCACUGCGUCGCUGCAGCGUCUCACGCUGGAUCAAAACACGGCGUCGACGACCGGCGGCGGCGCUUACAUCGUGAAUGCGACCGUGUCCGUGGCCGCCACCACGGUGUCCAACAACCACAUCACCCCUGGUCUCUUGGGCGGCGGUCUCGUUCUCAUCAACGCCGACGUAUCCCACUCGUCGGUCGUCAUUGCCUCGAACACGGCGUCCAAGUUUGGCGGACUCGCCCUCGGCGGCGUAUCGCGCUUCGUCGGCGUGAGCGGCGCGUCAACCGUCACCAGCAACAACGUAUGCAUCGCGUCCGUGUGCGGCAACGGCGCCAACAUUGGUAUCCUCGAGGCUGCCAACGCGACCAUCGCGGGGGUUGACGUCUCGGGCGGUCGUAGCUUCCACGGAGGCAGUCUGUACGUUGACGUCGCGGCGCGCUCUGCCGUGUCGCAUGCUACGAUACGCUACAGCGUCGCUGUAAUUGGCGGCGCUCUGUACGCUGCCAAGCGAUCGUCCUUAUCGCUCACCGACGUGACACUGGCCCACAACAGGGCGACGCGCGGCGGCGGCGCGAUCCGCAUCGCGGGCGAAAGCAACGUCUUCCCGGAGGGCACGAGCGUUGUGACGGUCUCGAACGUAACGCUGUUCAACAACUCUGCGUCUGCGCAAGACGGUGGCGCAGUCUGGAUCACGCGCACCAACUUGACCGGGACCGCCAUGACGGCUUUCGACAACGCCGUCGGUGCGGGCAACGGCGGGGCCUUCUGCAUCGAUCUCGGUAGCAACGUCGCUCUUGACAGUAGCACCAUCUCGAAGAGUCGCAUCAACUCCAACUACAACGGCGCGGCCUUCAACAUUCAAGGUGGUAGUCAUGUCGUCCUCUCCAACUCGCUUGUGUCCGGCUCUGUGAUGGAGCCCGACAGCGUGGCCAGUCUCGGCGGCCUCUUGUACAUCAAGGACGACCUCACCAGCGUAAUCAUCGAACACUCCACGUUGCAACUCGGUUAUGCGCGCUCCGGCGGCGCCAUCUACAUCGACGGCGCGGCGCUGGCCGUCAUCAAUAGCACGGUCUCGAACUGCACCGCCACUGAGUUUGGUGGCGGUCUCUUUGUCACCAACGUCGCGGUCGUGACGAUGACAGCGUCAUUGCUUGAAAACUGCACCGCCAACUACAACGGUGGCGGGGUCAACCUCGACGGCGCGUCGCAGCUCGCACUGACAACGACCGUCGUCCGUCGAAACACGGCCCAGGACCAAGGCGGCGCCGUGUUCCUGGACAUCGGGAUCAACAACGCGCUGCGCGUCGAGUCGAGUUUGUUCGAGUUCAACCUUGCGAGCGGCCUCGGCUCGGCGCUCUUCGGGAGCCGCGACACGGCGACCACGAUCCGCAACUCGACGUUCCGCGCCAACGGCGGCGUGACCAUCUACGGCUACAACGAAGGCGGCGUCGUGUACUUUGAAACGUGCGCAGCGACGAUUUCAGCGUCGCUCUUCGAGCGCAACGUCGCCUUUACCGGCGGCGCGCUCCAAAUGUAUAGCCAGGCGACGAUCAACGUGGUUGACUGCGUCUUCCAGCACAACUUUGCCGCCACCGACGGCGGGGCCGUCGCCCAAGCCAACGGAACCCUCUUGCUGCACCAAUGUCUCUUCUUCAACAACUCGGCGCUGGCGCUCGGUGGCGCGCUCUUCCUCGCCGACGCCGCCGCCGUCGCGUGGGACAAUACGUCGAUUGUCAGCAACAGCGCGGUGCGCGGCGGCGGCGUCUACCUCGGCGAUGCGGCCUCGCUCGCCGCCACCGACGGGCUUCUUCGUAGCAACCAUGCCAAGAUGGGCGGCGGCGUCUACUCCACCGGUCAAGCGACCGUGGCUGUGGCCGGCGUCCAGAUCGUCGACAACAACGCGUCAUCAACUGGCGGCGGCUUUUACAUGAACUCGACGUCGGGCGUCUCGCACACGUCACUGGCGUGCAGUGGCAACGCGGCGGCGCUCGGAAGCGAUGUGUUCUGGCGCUACGACGAGGCGACACCGGUGUACGCCUGCGCCGGGUGCGCGUUUGCGGCAACUGCGUCGCUGGCAACGGACCCAAUGAACAUCACGACUGGGUGGUGGCCACCGAACGUCACCAGCGGCGUGCUAAUGACGACCAAUGCGUCCAACGUGGACCAAACUCUCUGGAAUCCCAACGCCUCGACGACGCCGUGGCCCACGAUAUUAACCGUCGACUACUACGGCGCCCGAAGCGUCCUCGAUGGGCAGACCACCUGCCGCUUGUACAAGGACCUGCGCGAAACGUAUGCGAUUGAUUUUACCCCCGCGGGUCAGAUCGCCGCGAGCGCUGGCUUUGUGACGUUUGCGCAGGCGCAGGUGGCGGCGACGGCCAAAUCGUCGGCGUUCCAUUUUGACGCAGCGUGCACGCUCUACAACGACCGUCAAUUGGCCAUCGACAUUUACAUUCAGGUCAACCCGUGCAACCCGGGGUACUCUCUCAACGCCGGAAAAUGCAUUCCGUGUCCCCAAGGCAGCUUUAGUUUGGACGGCAUUAGCUGCCACCCGUGUCCGAUGGGGGCCACGUGUCUCCAAUCGACCGUCGUCGGCACCGGCGUCGCGUACACCGGUGUCGACUACCCGAGUACGCAACAAGGGUUCUUUCUCAACGACGCACCGGCGUCCAAGAUGGGCGCACUCUGCGACGACGAAUCGGCCUUUGCACGUGGCGACCCGUGCCCCGGCGGUACACCGGAGACGCGCCUCGAACGCAUUCGCUCCUGCUUGAACGCGUCGACGUUCGAGUCGUACUGGCCGUCGGAGCGCAUCUUUACGUGCUCGUCGGGCUACAACUUUUACACGUGCUCCGUGGCGUCGGCGUGCAAGGCCAACGUUGGCCACGCGUUCGUUAACAGCCCGGGCGCCAAAUGCGCCGCCGGUUUCCGCAACGUGCUCUGCUCGUCGUGCGACCCGGGCUUCGAAAAGCUGGCCGACGGCUCGUGCACCGUGUGCACUCCGGAAGCGUCGAGCGCCUUUUACGGCUACUUGCUGCUACCAGUGCUCUUCGUCGCGGCCGCCAUCUCCGGGGCGUUCCUCUACCUCCGGGCAGGCACCGACAGCGUUCUCAUGGCGCAGGCCAAAGCCGCCAAGGCCGACAAGCCGUUCGCGUACAGUCUCGCUGACUCGGACGCGCCGACGUACUUGGAACGCUUCGUGCUGCGCCCGGUCUCGGAUCUCUGGAAGCGGGUGUCGCCGGGAAGGAAGCUCACGCUGCGCGCGACGCCGGCCAACCUGUUCCAGAUCAAGCGCCUGCGCCCGCCGGCCGUGAGCGUCAACCCGGAAAAGUUCAAGAUCCUCGUGAGCUUCUUCCAGAUCUUUGCGAGCUUCAAGGACACGUACGACAUCGAGUGGCCGUCCGACGUCGCGGUCUUCAUGCAGUUUUUCCUCAAGUUCAACUUCAGCUUUCUCGCGAUUCCCCACAUUGACUGCGUCUGGCGCUACAACUUUUACGUCGACUUCGAGCUCACGCUCGGGAUCACGGCGAUUCUGUUUGUGCUCUUGUACGGCGCGUAUCGCAUCGGCGUACUUCUCUACCGACGCAAGCUGCACCGCGUCCCGCGCCACUGUCCGCGCUGCGGUCUCCCAAACUUCGAUAUCAUCACCGAGACCGCGCAUGUGGCCCCCCAGCCGCUCACGCGCUUGGAGCGACUCCACCGCCUCGUGUUUGAAAAGCACGCGGCCGCGCCGCUUCUGCCGACGUACGCUGCCACGCACACGCAGUGCCCGACGACCCACGUCCUCGAGUCGGAGGCGAUCCGACGACAAGUGAUUCGGACAAACUUGCGGCUCUGGCAGGCCCGGCUCCGGCUCCGGCUCAACUUUCAAACGUACUGCAACAAGUGCUGGAAGAUCUUUUUCUGGCUCGCGCUCGUCUUUUACCCGGCCGUGAGCAAGAAGAUCCUCGACCUCUUCAACUGCCUCGAGAUCGGCGCCGGGUUUCACCUGGUCGCUGACAUGGACUACCUCUGCUACAGCAGCGAGUGGUACCUUCGCGCCGCCGUCGGCGCCCUCGGCUGCGUCGGCUGGAUCCUCGGGGUGCCGCUCACGUGCUUUCUCAUCCUGCUACGCGAGCGCCACAACGGCGUUCGCGCCAAGAUGAAGCAGCUCCGGGACGGCAAGCACGACCUCGCGCGCGCCAAGUGGAUCGACGCCAUGAAGAUCGACUACGAGGCCAACGGUUUGCACUGGGACGAGCGCAACAUGGCCUUUGCCGACGACCUCCUCUCGCGCUAUAUGAUGAAGCGCAACCUCCGGAACCCGAGCGUCGUCGCCGGCGUCGGCUUUAUCUACCACGCCUACAAGGAUGAAUUCUGGUUUUUCGAAAUCGUCGACCUCGUCCGGAAGCUCUUUAUGAACGGUGUCAUCGUCUUCGUCGGGCAGGGCUCGAUCGCCCAAGUCGUUGUCGGGCUCAUCAUCAUCUUCAUCUACAUGUCCAUCUUGCUCGCGGUCCAGCCGUACAAGGAAGGCUCCAACAACGCGGUCGCAGCGAUGGCGCAGAUGCAGCUCUUCGUCACGCUCUUCGCCGGCCUUCUCGUGCGCAUGAACGUCGGCAACGCGCGGAGUCUCAACCUCGACCAAGUCGCCGCCAUCAUCGUCGUCUCCAACUGCACAACGAUCUCGCUCAUCCUCUUCGGCGUCCUCCUCGAGAAGGUCAAGGAGGCCCGCUUGCACCGGCGCAUCUGUCGGCGCAAGUACCACGACGACGUCCGCUUCCACAUCGAGCGCCUCUGGUGGCGCGCCACCUCCUUCGCGCUCGCCGACGCCUACUUGGCCAAAGUACGAACGACCGGCGCACCGCUGCCGUCGUUCCGCGUCGUCCUCGAACUCGCACGGCGGCAAAAAGCCAUCAUCGCCGUCGACAGUGUCACGACCGAAGUCCGCGACGCCGAGCCCGCCACGUAG